AUGUCUCCGUCCCACGCGCCUCCAGUCUUCGGCGCUUCGGGUCCCUCCUACCAGGCAUAUCCGCGGAACUACGAGUCUGCCGCUGAAGAGUCAGACCGGGCAUAUCGUACGACGGCUUUGCGCCAACUGACUGGAAAUCCGAGACCUUUGUCCCGCAAUAGCCGGGUUAAUAAUCUUGGCUCCGAACGGCGGCCGUCGACUUUGCCUACGCGGCCGGUGUUGGUGAGGGCUUACUCUGGCGAUGUGGAAGAUAUAUCCUCUCGAACCUCUACUAUGCCCGCGCGCCGAUUCUUUCCAUUUAAUGGCUCCAGGGGCGCGGCUUCUGCUCAGCCUCAACCUCAGUCGGAUGUGACGCUCCCGUCUGAUAAGGACUUCAGUAUCGAGAGUAUAUUGCAGGCCAUCGAACCUGAUAUUCGUGGCACUCUGGACUCCAUCGCCGAGAUUUGUGGUCGUAGCAAGCUGAGUCUUGCCAACGAAUAUGGAAGUCACAUUGCACCUUUGGGUGAGAUCUGUGCUCCACCGGGGGGUUUAGGACCUGUCGAGGAAGCCAGCCCUAGCGAGGAACAGCGGUCCACCGACAACGUGAUGAUCCAGGAUGAAGAUGUCAAUAUAGCAGAUGCCGGGCGGGACAUACAUCCAUUCUCGUUCCAUCGGUACUUGGAGAAUCUACGACAUACUGCAUCUAUGCAUGAACAGAACAGUGCAUACCAUCAACCUGGCACUGCCCAACCAGAGUCCUUGCUGUCUCCUAGAAUGAACCCUCAGACAGGCAUAGGCACGGACAUGGGCUUGGAUAACUUGCCGUUUACGCGUGAAAUUGCAUCAAGGCCCAAAAAUGGUGGCCGUGAUUUACUCUCCAAGAAUGCCGUUACUAGUAAUAUGACAGCGCAAGCACCCAACAUCGCCACUCCAGCUCUGGUAUCCGAGAUCCAUCUGGACGCUAGAGCCGAUGGUCCUUCUUUUAAUGAAAUUCAUCUUCUUCCCAGUGUCUCUCUCGACGCACCAAUUAUGAGAACGGUGGCACCGGAACUCGUUCAGUCUCUCCUUGGUUGGCUAAGAUGGACUGCGGGUAUUGCUGGGCCAGAUUCUAGUCCUGCUUUACAGUCGGCCGAGGGUCGGCUACGUGCUAUGCUUGAUCGUGCCGGCAAUCAGGAUACUGUUCCGGCUAUGCUUUGA